AUGAGUGUGCCCAUGGAUGUUGAGAGUUUUAGCGGUUCCAGCUCUUCUGCAUCCGACACCAGCCUUAUCUGUGGAUCGUCCCCAAGUCCGCCUGUGACUUUGAGUGGAGAGCCGCACAGUGCUGUUGCUUCCUCCCCCAGUCCCGUCUGUGCAGGCCCCAGUCAGUCUGUGAGUGAGUGCUUGAGCCUGGAGAGCUUGAGUAGAGAGACGGACAUCAGCGCUACCUCCACCCCCAGCCCCAGCUCCAGACCCCGCCCACUGCGAGGAGUGGUUAAGUGCUGGACAGCGGCCCCCGGGGGUCAUAAUGAUGACUCAAGAGCCGCUGACAGCAGCAGUAGCGACAGUCUGGUCAUGGAACUCGCUGCUGUCUGUGGACCUAGCAGCAGUUAUUUUAUGCUUGAUAGCGACUCCAAUGAUGGGCGGAGUGUGAUCCCCAUGGUUGACGCCUGUUUGGGAGACGCCACUAGCCUGUUAGAUCUGGAAGAUGAUGAGGGUGAUGCCUUCUGGAACACCAUCACAGACGUCAGGGUGGACAACGCUGGAGACUGCCAUCUUAGUGACGCCUCCAGCUAUACUGAGGUACGUUGGCAUCUUAGUGACGCCUCCAGCUCUGCUGAGGUACGUUGGCAUCUUAAUGGUGCCUCCGGAUUCAAUGAGGUACGUUGGCAUCUUAAUGAUGCCUCCGGAUUCAAUGAGAUACGUUGGCAUGUUAGUGACCCCUCCAGAUACACUGAGGGACACUGUCACUUAGGAAGAAAAGAGAUCAGUGUGGCCUUCAGUAACACUCAACUGAGGGGAUGGCCAACCAUCACUGCCACCGGGAACAUAGACAACGCCAGCCUCUGCCCAGUGCAGGAACUCAGGGUGGUGGUGCCGACAUGUUGGGCAGAGGAGGAGGAGGAGGAAGAACAGGGCACCGCAGAGCAAGGGGAGACCCCGGAGAGAAACGGCAGAGUCCCCGCUGAGCAGGACUAUGUGCAGAGCUUCCACCUGGAGCCAGAGCCCCACCACCUGAACGUCGUGGAGACGGCUGAUGCUGCUUUCAGCUCACUAAAGAGGCAGACACCCACCAAGCAGCUGCUGCUGCAGGACCAGGCAGAUGGUGACGGCUCUGGUGGUGAGGAUGAUGAUGACACGGCCGCUGGGCGGCAUGGUAGUGUGGACCGUGUGGAGCAGCUCAAGCCUCUGCAGCGUCUGGAGCGUCUCGGGCGCGGCGUGGAGGAGAUGCAGCUGGACAUCAUCCGGCACCUCCAAAUGGUGAAGACACAUGAGCUGCAGGAGGGCGCUCACAAACGUCAGAAGAACGGGGUCUGCAGCUUCCUAAGACGCCUUUGUAACAAAUGCAGGUGCCUUGGGAAAAGGAACAGGAAGGUGGGACCCCAGAUCACCAAGGAGACCAACGGCACGCAGGGAAUGAAGGAACGUAACAUGGCUGAAACGUGCAAGGAGACCCACGACAGGCAGGUAACCAAGGAGAUCACAGAGGAGGAGGAGCGUAACAUGGCUGAAACGCGGGAGGAGGACAUGGAGGAACAGGCGGAUGUGCAGCAGCAUCAGAAGGGGAUCUGCUCCUUCCUUAGGCGCCUUGGCAACGCCGCGAGGGACCUCCGGAAGAAGAAGAGGAGCACGGAGGAGAGCCCAUCCGAAAGGAAAGGCCUGAGGAGGUUCUCCUUUAAAGUUUCCUGCUUCAAGUAAAACAAGUGAAGCAGGGAGGGGGAAGGGGAAGGGGACCGAAAGGCACAUCCAGCUGGACAUGAUAGGGUGCCUUACCUGGAUAGAACUGCUGUGAAGCAGACCAGGACAUCAUAAUGGGACCUUACCUGGAUAGAACUGCUGUAAAGCAGACCAGGACAUCAUAAUGGGUGGUGUAAAGUGGGACAGAAUCACCGGGAGGAGCGUGAGCAUCUCAAGCGUCUUGGGGCGUCUCGAGCGUCUCGGGUGCGGCGUGGAGGAGGAGAUGCAGCUGGACAUCAUCCGGCACCUCCAAACGGUGAAGACACAUGAGCUGCAGGAGGGCGCUCACAAACGUCAGAAGAAAAGGGUCUGCAGCUUCCUAAGACGCCUUUGUAACAAAUGCAGGUGCCUUGGAAAAAGGAGCAGGAAGGUGGGCCCCCAGAACACCAAGGAGACCGACGGCACGCAGGGAAUGAAGGAACGUAACAUGGCUGAAACGUGCAAGGAGACCCACGACAGGCAGGUAACCAAGGAGAUCACAGAGGAGGAGGAGCGUAACAUGGCUGAAAUGCAGGAGGAGGACACAGAGGAGGAGGAGGUGCAGCAGCAUCAGAAGGGGAUCUGCUCCUUCCUUAGGCGCCUUGGCAACGCCGCGAGGGACCUCCGGAAGAAGGAUAGGAGCACGGAGGAGAGCCCGUCCGAAAGGAAAG